UUAACAACUGUUGGCCGAUCUACGCAUCACCAUCAUCAUCAUCGUUUUAAUCAAUUAGGAAUCAUGGGUUCAUAUCAAAGGAUUACCAUUGUUCUUAUCCUAAUUGUUUGUUUAAUGGGACUGUCAGCAGGAAGAGGUGAUGGUACUGCUUCAAGAAGCCCCAUUAUUGAAGAAGAAGAAGAACUUGAAAUUGAAUACAUCACUGUGACUGUCUUUGGUACAACGGACUUACCAGAAGAGAGCAACAAUGGUUCACCUCCUCCUACCCGUCAAAAUCUGACUAUGGUAACACCAGCACCUGAAAGCACGAAUGAAACACUUGCCACACCACAGAAUGUAACACCGAAUGUAACACCGAAUGUGGUGCCUAUCAAAGCCAGCCAAGCUCCUGAUUCAAUAACAACAAUGGAUAUAGACGUUGUAACAGAUGUUGGAACUGGCCCCUCUGCUAUGGUUGGUGAUGGCACUGGUGGUGGUGAAGAGUUGAUGAUGGCCACUCAAGGCUUAGACGUAACUUCAGAUGGACUUGAUGCAGCCACACUUCCAGUUGCUGGGGAUUUAGCAGAAGAAGGAACAACAGAAGCAAUUGAAGUGCUUACAGACAUACUAUCCAUCGUAACAGAGGAAACUGAAGACAUAAUAACUGCAACGGAUGAAUUACCAACAAGCAGACAAGAUGCUGACAUUCUACCAACUAUUGUUGAGGAUACAGACAGUACAACUGCGCUGAUGCAAGAGAUGACUACAGCUUCAGAAAUUCUGGAGCCUGCUGUAACCUCUGUACUUGGAGAGCAUCCGACCACUCAGUUUGCAUCAACCCCAGAAAUUCUCACCACAGUGGAUCAAAUCACUUCAGCACCACAGUCUACUCCUCACACACCCCUACCACCUACAACACCUGAGAGCUCAACGACAGCCAUGCUCCACACAUCGCUACCACCUACAACACCUGAGCUCCACACAUCACUACCACCUACAACACCUGAGAGCGCAACCACAUCUAUGCUCCACACAUCACUACCACCUGCAACUCCAGAGAGAGCAACCACAUCCAUGCUCCACACAUCACUACCACCUACAACACCUAAGUUCCACACAUCGCUACCACCUGCAACUCCAGAGAGAGCAACCACAUCGAUGCUUCACACAUCAGUACCAACAAUCACUACAAGUCAAGCUCAAACAACGGAAAGUGAUCAUACUGUCUCUCAUCAUUUGAAUCAGAUAUCAGCCAGUGAUUUGUCAUCAGAUGAGAUUGAUAACAUUGUGACACUCAAGUUCGGUGGUAUCACGGUGAAUUCUUGGUAUGACAGCUAUGAUGUGUCAUUUAGACAGUAUCUAUCCAAUAUGCUGACUUCAGUAGAGUCUUCUGACAUAUAUUACAUCAGACCAACUCCUCUAGAUCAGAACGACAUCCUCUUUGUCUCAUUUAUAGCAAGAUCUUCAUCUGCACGUAAACGUUCGACGAAGCCAGUUGUUCCUCUAGGUGAUGUUCUUGGCGCAUUGGACAAUAUUACUGCUUUUACAGAGGCACUUGGGAUUCUUCCGUCACAAGCCCCAUCCAUCACCGCCGGACUUCCAGAUUUCAUUCUAGACACCCUACCAACAUCACCAAGCUUUACCCUUCCAGUCGAUGGAGAUGAUGAUGAUGAAGAUACAACGGAAGAAUCAACUCGCAAACCUCCACCAGAAAUUGGUUUCCUAAGCAACCCUGGUCUCUUCAUCUCGUUGGUAGUGAUAGCUACAGUGAGUAUCAUCAUCAUCAUUGUUGGUCUCAUCUACCUGCUCUGUGAUAGAAAACGAGGUAGGAGCGGUGAGUACAUAACCAAUCAUACUCCGCGGAACAGCGACUUGGAGCUGGGAUUCGACAAUCCCGUCAUGGCGGAGAACGAUAAGAACGUGUCUAACGGCAACCACCUUUCAAGCAUAAAGGGAGAGAUGGAAUCGGAUAUGAUUGUGCCGUACGAUAACUUUACUCAAGAAGAAUUGAUGAAUUAUGAGGUGGAAGACACUCAUUUGUAAAAAAGAUCAAUUUCAUGGCAUCAGUUUAAAAUAUGGAUUGGAUGUUUGAGCAAAAAUGAUUUGUUAUGAUGCCCAAAUGGCAUUUUGAAGCAAUGUGUGUUAUGAUGAGAUGAUAGUGUUUUAAAGCAAUGUUUGUGUUUGAGUUUGCCAUGAUAAUUAUGUGCAUUUCAACAACAACAAAAUGUGCUGAUAAAAGCAAUUUUGAUUUGUGGGUCCUUUAACUUUUGGGGUUAUAAAACCAUGUAAAAGAGAUACAUGUUGAAGUGCAGUGAUCAAACAUAUUUGGAGGAUUCUUGCUACAUCCAAGUUUGCCUGGUACUAGCAUUCAGUACUAGAUCUUUUAUUUAACAAGUUGUACUGUAAAGAAACCUCUCAACAUUUGUGCUUCCUGUGAGAUUGUAGUUGUAAUACAUUAAGUUUUGAGAUAUACUAACGAAACCCAAAAGGUUUUGGUUAACAUGAAGUUUUCGAAUACUUGACAAUUAUAAACAUUUUCUCUCUGUGACGAAACUUGCCAUUGAGAUCAGCUUUAGUGAAAUAGUCUCCUACUUGAAUCUUGGUUGACCUGUUUGCUUGUUGUCCUAUCUAACCUUGCAAGUGAAGAGUGUUAUAUAGUACAGAUAAAAUGUCAGAUAUCCAAAGAUCAUAUUACUAGUUGUAAAUAGGUAGGCAAAAAACGAAUUUUGGCCUCUAUUACUUCAAUAGACUUCAUGAAAUAAUAUGAAUACUGUACAAUUAAUCAGAGAGAGAGAAAGAGAGAGAGAGGGGCUGAGGCUACCAAAAGUUCUGUUAUGCAAUUUAUACAUUGUAUUCUGUUAAUAGUGUAUUCAUAUCUGCUGUUUUCUUCCCUUUUAAAUGAUUAUUAUAACUAUCUGAUGAUUCUGAUCCCUGUUGACAUAGAAUCAUAGUCAAUGUUAGCCAAAACAUUCUAAACGUACAUGAUCAGAGCGGCAGAGCCUGUGACCAGUCUGUUUUAAAGUGUUUUGCCGUAUCAUGUGUACAUGUAUACAUGGACAUGUACUUGUAAACACUGGCUUCUAUCAUCAUCAGGCAUUGGUGAAAAACUUGUGCAAAACUGUUUAAAGAGUUUACUUUGAGUGAUAGCAGUACAAUGAUACUGUUCAUGUAUUCCUGGCUUGCCUGACUCCUACUCAUUUUCCAUGUAUUAUAUUGUACUAGCAUUCCUUAUCAGAAGAAACUUCCAUUAUAUCCAUAUGUACCGUAUGUCACUGUAAAUAUAGCUUACUUGUGUAGUUUACUGUGUAAGUAUUUACUCUUGUAGAUAUGUUGAAUAUUUUGAAAAAGUAAAAUGGUACUACUUAUCUUUAGAUUUCAUAAACAGUUGUGUAUGAUGACUCAAUAUAGCAUUUACAUUUGAUCUGAAAAAAAAACAUAGACUUGUAGUUUAUCAAUGUUUUAAUCUUUUUUAAAACUAUUUUUUGGCAAAUGAGUGCAAAUGUAAAGUUAAGAAUUUGAUAGGGCCUUGGACAAGUUUGUUUGUGGCCGGCCCACUUUUAUUGUAUGAAAUAAUGUAGUUAUACUAAUUUAUUUUCUUUUUAAAUAUGUAAAGCAAAAUUAAACCAAGAUAUAUAAAUAGUAUAGGUAGGUACUUAUGCUGCUAUUAACAUUUACUGUGUUACACCACACCACUGUUUUGAUAGAAGCUCCAUAAAAGAAUGGGCAAAGUGUUUGAUGACACUUUUCUUUUGUUCAGAACUUCAACUUUGUUAUUACUCAAAGUUUAGAAUUUCAGACCGAAGUAUUUGUAUCAAACAACAGUAUUGUGUCUUGUGAUCAAGAUGGUAUAAACAGUAAAGAGUAGAAAAGCUCCCAGCCUGUGAUGUCAUCCACAGUGUUAUGUUUCAUCCAUUGUUAUCCAUGUUUAUUGUUUAAUUGUUGCAUUUAAAAGAGUAUGAUGUGCAUGCUAAACACAAUUGUUCUGUGUUUUUAAAUCUUCAAGUGCAUGCAUCCUCAUUUUACCACAGGCAUUACUGUCUAGUAUGAUAUCUAAAAGUUGCCUUUUCAUUUCAACGAAUCGAUACAUCUCGCCAGCAUUAAAAAGAUAACAACACAGGAAAACAUAGACUACUAAUAAUGAGUAGAUUUUUUCUUCUUACUCUUUUUAAUCUUUUUAAAAGGCAUUAAACACCUUGCUACUACCUUGAUUACAAAAUAUUUCUGAGUUGUGACAUAUUGUAUUCAUAGUCUGCAUAUGUGCCAUGGAACUAAUUUUAAUCUUGCCCAAUAUUCAUGGAUAAAUAGCAUUGCAGUAAUCUAAAUCAAUGUAGUAAUGUACGGGAGAUUGGUUGUGACUUGCAUGAGAUGUCCAUUUUGUUACUUCUCCAUACUUGGUUUACCCGUUUGUAUUACCCCUGUGAAGUGAGCUUUUAGCCACAGUUUUGUUCUUGAGUGUUGCAAUAGUUGAUCUUACAAAUGUAUUCAACUCAGCUAGCCAAACUCUCUUGCCAAAAUGACUGUGAUAGAGUAGCAGCAUAAGCUACAGUGUAUGGCGAGCAAUGAUACUGGAAAUCUCCUGAUUUACUUAGAAAACACAUUUGAAUACAUGUUUAAAAUAUGAUAAUGGAAUAGAAAUGUAGUCAUUUUUGAGAUGUUUUAUCCUGUAUGCUGAAGCGCUCCUAUCAUUCUCCAGUUUACUCUUAUCUUAUUUAAACAAAUGUAAACCCAGUAGACUUCCUUGCAAAAAUGGAACAAAAUAGAAACACUCUUCAUCUUCCUAUAUUGAAUGUGUAUGAUCAAUUAAUGUUUGGUACUAUAGUUCCCAAAUGUUCAUAUUUAGAUGAUUUCAAGAAAGAAAGCCUAAUAUUGCCAAACCAGAAAGUGCCUAACUCUAUCAGUAUUUGUAACCAAAUUGAUGUUGACUUGCUGAGCUUUAUUCUUGCUACGAUUUAUUAUAUAACCCUAAAGUUCUCUAAUACCGGUAUUCCAAGAGAAGAGAUCGUUGUAUAAUCUUAUGCUAUGACCGACACUAAUUGGUAAGAAAAAGUAUACAUUUAUCUUGCAGUGAAGUUUUGAUAUACAGUGAUAUUUUAUUGUUUUCUUAGAUUUUUAGUUGAUAAAUGUGUACAGUAUUCAUUGCACCAUGAACUUGCUGCUAAUCUGAAUUGUUAAAGAGGCUUAUUGGAAAUUAGUGUGCAAAUGUGAUUGAUACUGGAAAACAUAAAAGUAAUGUUGUGUAUUAAAAUAAAAGGCAAAGCAAUAUUAAGGCUGAUGAAGGUUUAAGGUUGUGCUGAAUCCAAAGUUUGCAAUGUGAGAGCAAAAUGCUUUGUUAUCUCAUUAAGGUUUGUUUAUGUAUUGUCUUGGGACUUGUUUGAAAACAUUUAGAGAAGAAAACAAAAUUAUCCCUUGGUUUUAUGUUGAGGUAUUAAAAAGCUUGUCAUUGUUUCUUCUGUGUCAUAAUGUAUAACAUGAUACUAUUGCCAUGAAAUAUUCCAGCUGAAAGUGGUAUCUGUAUGCCAACGCCAAUACUCCUCCCUGUUUGAAGAGAAACACUUUUGAACAACAUAAACAUACAUGUAGUCAGUACGUAUCAAGGACAGUACUAACAGUAUUAGAAGACAAAAACUUUUCAUGUGAUUUGAACAGGAGAUGCUUGUACUGGUGAUAUUUUUGCACUUUAUAUCCUUUGGAAAAUUCAACAAUGCAACCAUUUAUGAAGAUGCAUGCUCAGAAAAAAUGUCGCCAAAUUUUGAAGAUAGCCUCAUGCCACGAUAUUGUUUUUGAUGAUGAAAAAAGCCGCCCAUCACUUGGCUGCUUACCUAUCAUAAUGUUACCAUGGUGAUAGGAACGAAAGGAUAAUUAAUUUUGUUUGGUCUUUAUAGACAUUGAAUGCAGUUUUCACUUUCAAUUAAGUCUACCGGUAGUCCAUAAUCCAAAGUCAAUCCAUUUUCUUUUCUUAAUCAAUCAAAUGUUAUCAUGUUUGUGAUAAUAUGCUGAAAGCCUCAGUGUUUGUUUCUAAAGUGUAAAAAAGUUUUUUUAUUUUAUACAUUUGUAUCUAAAGUUGUGCUCUUGUUUUGUUUUAAGCUGUAACAAAGCUCAAAAGAAUGAAUGUACUUCAGUUGUAUAGACUCUGUUCCAACUCGUUUGAAUUCCGCAUCGGUGCUCUUUAUGUGUUUAUAGCCUUCAUGUAGUAUUAAAGCACCUUGCCGUAUUUUGUUAUUAUCAUCAGUGACUGUUAUAGCAUUUUGGUAAGUUAUGCACUUUGCUUUAUAAUAAAGAUAUCAGUGAAUAUGUGAA